AUGGUUUUACUAACAAAUAAGCAAGUGUUGUUAACAAGUUAUGUAGAGGGAAACCCAAGAGAAGAUGAUUUUGAGUUGAAAAUUUCAUACACCAAUACUACUUUACAAGGAAAAAACAAUGGUCUUCUUCUUAAGAACCUUUACUUGGCAUGUGAUCCUGCUAUGCGCUAUCGCAUGUCCUCUGAUGAUCAUUCUGACAACAUUGACUUGCUUAAGCCAUUUAAGCUCCCAUCUGUUAUUGAGGGUUUUGGCGUGGCAAAAGUUAUGGAAUCUACACAUCCAGAUUUUGAAGAGGGAAGUUACGUUUGGGGAGUUAUUGGAUGGGAGGAAUAUAGUGUCAUUGAAAAUCCAAGAGUUCUAUUUACAAUCAAAUAUACGGACGUCCCUUUAUCAUAUUAUGCCGGAAUUCUAGGAAUUGGUGGACUUACAGCUUAUUUCGGUAUUAAGAAUAUAUCGUCAAUCAAGGAAGGAGAAGUAGUAUAUGUUUCUACAGCAGCUGGAGGUGUUGGUCUACUUGCUGGACAAUUUGCAAAAAUGAUGAACUGUUAUGUUGUUGGAAGUACAAGUACUGAUGAGAAGGUUGACAUCUUGAAAAACAAGCUUGGAUUUGAUGAUGCUUUUAACUAUAAGAGAGAAGAUUUAGGUGAAGCAUUGAAAAGGGUUUGUCCGAAUGGUAUAGAUGUAUACUUUGAGAAUGUUGGAGGUGCAACGCUUGAUGAGGUGAUUUUACACAUGAAAUGUCAUGGUAGAAUUGUAGUUUGUGGAAUGAUUUCACAGUAUGGACUGAAGGAGAAAUAUGGUAUCCAAAACCUCUUCCACCUUACCCCAAAACGCAUAAGAAUGGAAGGAUUUGCUGAUAUUAAUUACAGGAAAUUAUAUCCUCAAUACCUUCAAUGGGUCAUUCCACUUAUAAGAGACAACAAAAUUGUCUAUUUACAAGACAUUGCUAAAGGUCUUGAAAGUGCACCAGCUGUUUUUUCUGGAAUCUUCCAUGGAAAAAAUAUUGGAAAGGCAGUAAUCAAUAUUGUUGCAGAUGAAUAGUAAUUAAUGUGCGCAGUCCAGGGGUUCGGCAAAAUCCAAUAGCAUCAUGUAUUUCUAUUUAAAAAGUUCAUUUGAUAUGUAUAAAUAAUCUGUCCAGAAUUCAGUAAGCAAAACAAAUAAUGAUUCAGAAUCUAUAAACUGAAAAUACUGACUCCGCCGCUGCAUGCAAUUAGAGAGAAGAGUGAAGACUAAGGGGGGAAUAUUGUGCUUGCCAAGUGGAAAUUUGGAAGCUCCAAUUUUUCAUUGUUCUAUUGUAUUUUGUUCU